CGGUCAUACUACUGUUACUCUGAGGGUCGAAAGGUUGACGAAGAACAUGGCGAUUCGUUCUUCAAGCUCCAGAUUGUCACUUUUGGCCAAUUUUUCGAGUGAGUUUGGUUCGACGGAACAAUGGAACGGAAACUGGACCGUGGAGGUUAGAUUACUGGGGAGAAGCCGAAAUGGCAUGAAGCCGCCGGUUUUGUUGAUUUCAUCUAAAGGCAAGAGCAAGAUAUGUUUCCCACGGAGAGACCGAAAUAGGUUCGUAGUCAGCAGCAUGUCGGAGAUGCAGAGUGUGCCGGAGUCCGGUGAUCCUGGGGUUACGGUUUUGCAACAGGGCGUGAAUACGUCUUUAGGGAAGGACUCUAGGGUUCCUCAGACUAGCUUUUCUCUCGACACUGACAAUGGAGGUGAUGGGAAGUACUCCUUGGGUAGUACUAAUGGUAACGGGAAAACUCCCUCUGGAGGUGGAGGAGGAGGAGCAGGAGGAAGUGGUGCUGGUGGUGGCGAUGGCCAUGGAGAGGAUGAUCAUGAAGAAGAGGAGUUUGGGCCAGUGAUGAAGUUUGAGGAAGUGAUGAAAGAGGCUGAAGCUCGUGGGGUUAGUCUUCCUUCGGACAUGUUACAAGCCGCUAAGACCGUGGGGAUCCGCAAAGUUCUUCUUGACAGAUACUUCGAUUUGCAGGGGUCAUUUUGGCCUGUAGGCUUCGCCAUGAGAUCCUGCUCAUUGCUUCGGAACCGAAUGCUUGCUGAUCCAGCUUUCCUUUUCAAAGUUGGAACAGAGAUAGUCAUCGACUCUUGUUGUGCAACAUUUGCUGAAGUUCAAAAGCGAGGCAAGGAUUUCUGGUCAGAGUUUGAGUUGUUCGUUGCAGAUCUUUUAGUUGGCACGGUUGUGAACAUUGCUUUAGUUGCUAUGCUAGCACCCUAUGCCCGUUUCGGGCAACCAACAGCGUCAAAAGGCUUCCUUGGAUCCUUGCAAGCUGCUAAUGCAGCCCUCCCUAGUAGUGUUUUUGAAGCUGAAAGGCCAGGAUGUAGAUUUACAGUACAGCAAAGGAUAGCAACAUAUUUUUGUAAGGGUGUGCUGUAUGGAUCAGUUGGGUUUGGUUGUGGUCUUAUUGGACAAGGCAUUGCAAAUUUGAUUAUGACUGCAAAACGGAGCAUAAGGAAAUCUGAAGAUGAUAUACCUGUGCCACCUCUCUUGAAAAGUGCUGCUCUUUGGGGUGUUUUUCUUGGUGUUUCUUCUAAUACCCGCUACCAGAUUUUAAAUGGCUUGGAACACCUUGUUGAAGUAUCACCUUUGGCAAAGAAAGUCCCACCUGUUGCGAUGGCAUUCACCAUCGGAGUGCGAUUCGCUAACAAUGUUUAUGGCGGUAUGCAGUUCAUAGACUGGGCCAGAUGGAGUGGGGUGCAAUAAUAAGUCAUUUUAUAGCUCUAUUAAAUUAAUGCAUUUACAUAAUUAAAAAAAAAUGGAGAAAUAAAAACUUCAGCAUGCAGAUCUGCAAUUAUUCGCACAAAAGCCUGUGUUAGUUCUUUUGAGGCCAACCACUGACAUCAUGAGGAGGGGUUUCUUAUCAAACCAGAGAUAUGCCAUCCAAUUUUGUACUUGAGGUUGUUGUAUCUUUAUUUGGGGCUUCUUUUUCUCUUUACUAAUCUGUAUGAAUGGUCAACGGUAAGAGUUGGCUAAAUAUUUGUUCUGCUAUUGUUCGCAAGAAUUUAAAUUACUUAAUGGCCCUUUAUCAUUAGGACCACUGGUACAGUGGGGAAUUCUGGGGCA